AUGGGUCCGGGGAGUGUUCUGGGUGAAGGGGGAGCGGCGGGAGGCGCAGCGCCUACGACAGCAGCGCCUGAAGCGUCCGCGCGCGUAGCCUCCGCGCCUUUGGCGGAAGGGGAAAACUUCAAGGUGCUCUUCUGUGGAGACGAGUUUCCCGAAGCCUACACCUACUCCGCAGAACUUCUACACAAAGAGCCCAACAUGGAAGUUUCCUGGCACCCGCGGGCCGAAAUCCCUCAGCGAAUCAGGGACUGCCAUGUCGUUGUGCCGCGGAUGACCCGUCUGGACGCAGGAACCAUCGCGGAAGCUUCCAAGCUGCGGCUGAUUGUGCAAUUCGGGGUGGGAUUGGAGGGGGUUGACGUGGCAGCAGCGACGGCGAGGGGGAUCAGAAAAGCAGGUGGGUUGUGGUGCUGGAAUAGGCUGAUCUGGGCUGAUAGGCUGAUCUGGGCUGAUAGGCUGAUCUGGGCUGAUAGGCUGAUCUGGGCUGAUAGGCUGAUCUGGGCUGAUAGGCUGAUCUGGGCUGAUAGGCUGAUCUGGGCUGAUAGGCUGAUCUGGGCUGAUAGGCUGAUCUGGGCUGAUAGGCUGAUCUGGGCUGAUAGGCUGAUCUGGGCUGAUAGGCUGAUCUGGGCUGAUAGGCUGAUCUGGGCUGAUAGGCUGAUCUGGGCUGAUAGGCUGAUCUGGGCUGAUAGGCUGAUCUGGGCUGAUAGGCUGAUCUGGCGCUGCUAA